UCUCCGCGGUAAAAUCACACACCAAAAGCAAAGAAAUAAACAAAUUAACAGAUCUCUGCAGACACACCUCAUCUCCCCCAUUUCCAUUUCUCUGUUCUUCACUCUCACAGUUCAAAAAUCUUCAUAUUUAGCGACGAGUUCUUUUUUCUUUCUUUUCAUUUUUCGCAAAACUAAUCAAUCAAUCAGUUUUAUCUUCCGCUAUAGAUUUCACACUCGCCGGCCAAAAUCUCUCACUCCAGUCUCCGUCCGAUGAUUCAUUACUAAUCCUAGGGUUACAACCACCGGAAAAUUCUGAUUCGAUCAUGUAAUUUUUUUUCUCAGCUUCAAUCAAUGGCAUCAAUUCGUCGAACACUGUCGCCAGCCUACCAUGACCGUACAUACCAAAACGGCGCCGCAUCAGCAGCUGCUAACUCUCCACUAUCAAUCUCUUCUCCAUCUUCUCAAAAAAAUUUCACUAACAACUCAACUAAUAGUUAUUCAACUUUAGUUCUCCGAAAAUUUCUCGCCUCGAUUUUCCUACAAAGACGUCACCGUUUUCGCAGAUCUUUGUACCACUGCUUUUUUUUCUUUCUCUUAGGGUUGUUUAUAGGUUUCUUCACAAACAGCCACGUGGAUAACACAAACGAUAACGUUAGCGUUAACGAUUUUUCAUUCGAGAUCAAACCGCCUCACGUCAAUGUUCAGCUAGACGACGGAGAUAAUCGCAGCAUUAAGCACGACGAGUUUGGCGUCAGUUUGAACUUCAUUAACGCUAAUCAAAACUCCGUCAGUCCGAUGAAGCAACUGAUCGUGAUUACACCGACGUAUAACAGGGCAAUGCAGGGUUACUUUUUGAAUAGAUUAGGGCAGUUACUGAAGCUAGUGAAGCCUCCUUUGUUAUGGAUUGUUGUCGAAAUGAAAACUGCGUCGUUUGAGACGGCGGAUGUGUUGAGGAAAACGGGGGUUAUGUAUAGGCAUUUGGUGUGUGAUAAGAAUUUGACCAAUGUUAAGGAUAGAGGGGUUUAUCAGAGGAAUACAGCGUUAGAGCACAUAGAAAGGCAUAAGCUGGAUGGGAUUGUUUAUUUUGCUGACGAUGAUAAUGUCUAUUCCAUUGAGUUGUUCGAAAGCUUGCGAGAAAUUAGCCGAUUCGGCACUUGGCCUGUUGCUAUGCUUGCACAAAGUAAAAACAAAGCAAUUUUGGAAGGUCCAGUAUGCAAUGGAACUCAGGUAAUUGGAUGGCACACAAAUGAAAAAAGUAAAAGACUUCGAAGGUUUCAUGUCGAUAUGUCAGGAUUUGCUUUCAACAGCACUAUUUUGUGGGAUCCAAAGCGAUGGCAGUGCCCCUAUUUGAAUCCAAUUCGACAGUUAGACACUGUGAAGGAGGGUUUCCAAGAGACCACGUUCAUAGAGCAAGUGGUGGAAGAUGAAAGUCAAAUGGAAGGUAUUUCUCCUGGAUGUUCAAGGGUGCUGAAUUGGCACCUUCAUUUGGAUGUCCAUGGUCUUGUUUAUCCAAGAGGCUGGCUGUUUCAGAAGAACCUUGAUGUCAAUCUCCCAAUUUGAUGAUGGAGUCGUCCAAAUUACAGUUUUGAUGAUAAAAUUUCUACACAGUUACAUUCCCUCGCUUCAUGGGUGGCUGCUGUCCGUAUUCAAGCAUAAUUUUGCUUCAUUUGGUGCUAUCUGCUGUAAGCAAGCCAGCAUUGGAAAAUGUCCAGCAGCAUUCGACAAAGAAACAAAAGAUUUUCAUUUUUAAUUGCGUAGUUCUCCUUCCACGAUAUUCUUUCAACAAAACAAAGUCUUGUUUUUGCUAUAGAUCUUUGUUUUGAGGACUGCGAUGGGUGUAAUUAGCUUUAGGUGCUGGCUAUUCUACCUAAGCCCCAAAAAUGAAGGGUGUUUUGUUCUGUGCAAGUAGAUGUUUGCUGUCAUUCUUUCAUUUGUAUUGCUGAGUCUAGAUCUCGUCCCAUCAAGAAACUGUUACUUGUUGAGCAAUGUUUUGAAAUUCCUACUUGAUAUUUUUUUUCCCUUCUCAAUUUAUAUGGCAGAGUUAUAUUUUCUGAUA